AUGCGCCUCAGGGCAUUCGGCCUUUGUCUGUUGGCCUUGAUAUCAGGUAAGAAAAGGAUAAUAAACCUCUAUUAAAAUAACGUAUUUCAGCCCUGGUAUCGGCAGAGAUUCACUUUGAUGUCCGUGUCCAUCUCAAAUCGGUUAGCCAAGAUGAUCUCAAUUCAUCCAAUUUUGUCGGAACUCAUAAUUAUUUCCAGAAGAUUCUGACCUCUGAGGUAAAAAAGAGAACAAUUAAUAUAAAAUUAUUUCAGUUCAACAAGAUUUUGGGAGCAAAUGAUAGCUCGAUCAAUAUCUACGACUUCAGGUAAAAUAAUGUUGAGGUUUCAAUUACAAUAUUUAUGUUGUAGAAUCGCAGGAACUGAACUCUCUUUGCCUACAGUAAUCUUCCAUGCCGAGCUGAGUUUAAAAGGAGAUUUGGAACGCGGUGAGAUUGUCCAGAAGGUGUUGUCAUCCAAGAAUCUGGUUCUUCCUUUCAUCAAAUCUAUCGGUAAUUCCAAUAUCUGACUACUCAAUAUUGAAUUAAGACUCCCCAACAUCAAAGUCCGUCUUUUUCAAUCGAUUGGCAUCACUUUCAUCUGCAGCCACCGAAUGCAAGAAUGGAGGAGUUCUUCUUCCCAAUGCUACUUGUGUUUGUCGGCCCUAUUUCUCAGGAUCUGAUUGUUCUCGGAUAAUUUGUGAUCAUCAAGGCAUCCCCACUCCAAGUGGAGAUUGUUAUUGCCCUCCUGGAUACAUUGGAAAGCACUGUGAAACACGUAAGAACUUCGUCUAAUUGGAUAGUCUUGAUAAUUGCAGUACCCGUUUUGCCCGCUUCCAGAAGUUCUUUUGACUUCAGCCAAAGAAGUCUUGUUCUUAUCGUUGACAAUGGAAUUUCCAUGGCUUCAAAGAUCAAUGAUGUCGCCAAAUACUUGUAUCAAAUGAAAGAGAAGAAAGACUUACUGAGUUACUACAAGGACUUCGUCCUCUUCACAUUCGCCAAGGAUGGAAAUAGUGUCAUCGAGACAAUUCACCGAGCCUUGACAAUCGAUGGAUUAAUCUCCGCCUUUAAUGGGAUUAGUGUAAUCAACUCUGACGCCAGACAACCAAUCCUGACACAGACUGUAAAGGCACUGUCACAGUAAGUAAAGUGGACCUUCCAUGUAUUUAUUUCCAGCGAGGGUUCAAUUCUGCCAAAGUCCAAUGUCAUCAUUGUCACCGACUCUCUCGCAAGUGAUGGAGUGGCUUUCAGCAAUAACGAAGAGAGCACGACUGCAGAAAACAAACUUUUGAAGUCGACUUUACACUGGCAGCACUCUGUGAGUCUUCGUUGAUGAUGUCAUGUCCUUUCCAGAUCCAUGUCAUCUUCUCUGACAAAACCAAACACAGUCCACAUCCUCAAGAUCCCGGCAAUGCGCUGAGUUCCUUAAAGAGAACCGCCCAUAGGUCUAAUGGGGACUUUGUGUAUACCUCUUUAGUGAAGAACGCGGUCUCUACCGCUCUCUCCAUCCUCAUUGAGUCCCAGCAUAAAGCAACUCUAGUCAGUGUGGCUCGGGAGAGAACCAUCGCCACUGCCAAUGUUAAACUGCCCAUUAAUGACAAUUCUUUUGCUUAUGUAGUCGUCUAUGGAAGUAAGAGACAACAAAGGAACAUGUAACUUUUAUUUUCAUUCAGGCGUUACUCUAGCAGCAGGAACCGUGAAUCUAGACCCAGUAUCAUCAACGGAGAAUCUUGCGGUAAGAGUAAAACCCAGUUAAAAGUUUUUUUGCAGUUGUACAAAGUAGACUCCGAACACUCGGAAGUGAAGUUCACAUCGCCCAACAACAAGCCCUGGGGGUAUCGUGCCAUCGUCCAGACAGAUGUCGACGUCUCUCUUGCUUUUACAUCGGAAGAAUAUUCCGAAGCCACGGCGAAUUACGCGGUGAAAGGGAUCCCCAAUCUGGUCGUAAUCAAUCCCUUGAAUUGUGACACUGAGAAAGUCAACACCCAGAUAGUGGAUGCCAGUGAUUCCAAUUCUCAAAUCGUUGGAGACACUGGCUAUCACAGGAGAAUUAUCGAUAGUAACUUUCCUUAUUUGGCUAAAGGUUCAAUCCAAUGUAAUCCCGGGCCUUUGCUGGUUAAAGUAGACAUUAAGGCCAAGUCGGGCAAAAACUUUGUAUCACUGGUACCCAGCUUUUGCUACGAGCCUGUCCGUCAUUCCGGAAACACUGACCCUAACUGUAACAACGGCUACUAUGACAAAACAAACCAACAAUGUGUGUGCAAAAAGGUAAAUUAGCCUCUGAUUGUACUCCGGAAAGUAGUAUAAUUGUAUCUGAGCCAAGUCUUUAUAGUUCUAUGGAGGAAAAUAUUGUGACGAAGUUCAAUGUGCUAACAGAGGACAGCAAAAUCACUUCCCAGGAAAUGGCCAACCUCAAUGUCUUUGCGAACCUGGAUUCGAUGGUGAAUUCUGUGAACACAGUAAGCAAUUUAUCUGCGCCUUCUGAGCAAAUGAAAAAACAACUAUAUUGAUUUCGCCAAUUUAGUGAAAUGUUCCGAUCAGGCCCCAUUACCCGAGACCGGAGAGCGUGCUCUUAUUGUGAUUAUCCAACGGACUUUCACUCAAGCCUUUCUCAACCCUUACAUAAGAGAUGGAAUUAAAAAUGCCCUUAAAAAAGCGCCCAAUUUCACAGAAUUUGUUCUUGGGACUUACGCCAACACCCUGAAAGAUGGCCAGCAAGUCAUUCGGACUAGUUAUUUCAACGACUCAACUGAAUUCGCAGAUAAUCUUGACGCCAAGAAAAUCGAAUACCUGAUGUCAAAUGAUGGGGAUCAAGGAAGUUUGGCGGCCCUCAAGGCUUCCCUUGAUACCGAGACCUCCAGCUCUAGUAACCAUCUGGUGCUUCUCUUCACUGACUCUCCUUCAAAAGAUGAUAAAUCUAUUGUCAACGAGCUAAAAGCAACAGCAUUGAAUAGGUUCACCGAAUUGCACAUCAUCUCCACUUCCGAAUACGGUAAUGGAGAUGAAUGUCUAGGAGAAGAUGACCAGAAAAACUACAAGGAGAUCGCUUCAUCAACUGGAGGAUUCUAUAUUCAGCAAUGUGACGGUCCUGCCAAUAUCAUCCAGAACUUCUUGGAGGAAUUUGUCGUUGCCUCUCGACAACUCCAGAUCACAAACAGAAAGUCGGCUGCUGACUGCGUCAAAGAGCAGAUUCAAUUCACAGUGUCUGAUGGAACUACCGAAAGAAUUGUUAUCGUUGACUCAGAAAAUGCCGAUGAUGUAGAGGUCACAUUGACAGCCGAAGAUGCAUCAUCUGGCCACAAGGUCCAAAAAAUCACAAAACUGGGAAAAGUGACCAUCUUUAAGGUUUCCCAAUUAAGUCAGACCAAAUAUAAUGUAAUUGUGGCCAGUUCUAAGAGUGGGGGAUGCCAAUUGAAGGUUGGACAAGAAAGCGACUUCGAGGUUCUUUUGGGAUACAGUGCCAAUCCCAGCUUGGAUGCCACAAACUUAACUGCAAGAUUCGGUAAGUCGCAACCUUGUUUAUAAAACCUUCAGGUUUCCCUCUCCAUCCCGUCGUCUUCGUAUCCAGCCAACUUCAAUCGGAUCUUAAUGUCCGCUUCUCUGUCCCCACAGCAAACGGAUAUGAUGAUAUCGGAGCGCUCAGAGAAGAGGGAUGCACCUUUGAUUACUACUUCGGUAGCCCAUUCAGUUGUUCCGAAUUCGAAAAGAACUUCGAGGCCAACAUUGAGAUCACGACUUCGGAUAAUGUGACAAUUGAAAGAAGUAUUCUGGCCUACUGUAACCCCCCAGAAUCAAAAUGUCUUCAUAAUGGAGUAGAGAACAGUAAGCGAAGCCAUACAAAUAAUACGACUAUUAAGAUGGGACGUGUACGUGUACGGAGAAAUACAACGGAGAAUACUGUGAAAAUCCGGUUUGUGAAAACGGAGGAAGAUCAUCCGAUACCUUAUGCCAAUGCCCCCCAGGAUACAAAGGAGAAUUUUGUGAAUUCAGUAAGAAUAACUACCCCAUGAAAGUAACUUUCAGCUCUCUGUUCAAAAUGGAACUUCCUCGAAACACAUGAUGUACAAAACUUUGAGCAUAAAACAAUCAGUUUUGUUGUCCAAGACAAUCAAGAAGAAUAUAAUACGGUUUUGAUGGAUGAAAUCGACAAAUUCGUACAGAAUCUUGGUCAAACAAAGACCUUCAAACAUUACAAUCUAGUAACAUUUAACAACAAAACAGCCACAAAUGUCAUUAACACCGUCAGCACCCGGAGAUUCCUUGAAGUAUUCAAAAAAGAGCUUUCCCAGAAACCAGACGAAGACAAUUCCAAGGUGAACCAAGCUCUCCUUGGGGUUAAGUUAGCCGCGCAGACAACCUUAUAUAAGCCAUCCAUCAUAUACCUGAUAACCAGUAAGAAUGCUGCUGUUCAGAAUGCUCCAGAAACCUUUGAAAUCCUCUCAGAAGGAGGAGUUCAGGUUAAUGUAAUCCUGGUUGACAAAGAUGGAAACGCCGACCAGUUCUCUAAUCUCCAUUAUUUGACCCAUAUUAGUUACGCCACUGGUGGAAGAUUCAUCAAAUUGGAAGGUACAAGUGUGAAGGGAUUGCUCAGUAACUACCUCCACAAAACUGUCUAUGAAAACGCUCUCAUCGAGGAUAAGAAAUUCCACGAUUGCACUACUCAACUGUCCGUGGAAUUCCCAGUUGAAGCUAGAAACAAAUGGUAUAGUGUUGUAGUUAGUGGAGCCAACGCUAGUGAAAACAUUGAACUCUGGGAUGGAACUACCAAGAACGACAUAAAAAGAUUUAAAUUGGUUGAAGACUCGAACACUUUCAUUGCUUUAAUCGGUAAGGGAAAACGACAGACGGAGAGAGACUUAUCGGCAGGGUGUCUCAAUAACUGUAUCGUCUCAUCGGCAAAUAGCUUUUUUCAGUUUUAGAGGUAGAGCCAAGAUUUUUUCAGAUGUUGCUUUUUUACUAGUCGGGCGAAUUUGUCUGGCAAAGAAACUUUUUUAUUGCCUCAAAAAACAUUGCCCGGUCAAUGUUUCCACAGUAUACUGUAGAAACAGGUAUGCAAGUUUUCAUACCAAAGUUGGCAAAAAAUUGUCACAUUUUUUCGACUUUUGAUAUAAAAAUUUCGGACAAUUUAACCAAAAUUUGAGCAUCGAACUUGGAGCACUUCUCCUGUUACUAUUAUCUAGUUCCAACCUGUUAUUUUCAGGGAACUUCCAGCCAGGUCAAAAGACAAUUAAGAUAAAAACAAGUUCGGGAAGAUGUUCAGUACAAGUUCGUUCUGCCUCUGAACUUCACACCGAUUUUGGUUUUACCAUUGAUCCCCAUGAUGAUUUCCCCAAUGAAAGACCAAGUUUCCUGGGAGUUAAGAACCAAAGUACCCUGGUUACUCUCAAGAUUGGAAGUGCUCUUUACAAAAACCAUAAAGUCACGCCGACCCAGCUUACUCUGUCUUCUCGGAAUCUGAAGGAAGCUGUGGAUACCGUUUUGGCAGAGACCAACAUUAUUCUGAGGGACCCCUACAGAUGCGCCAAUCAAUUUAUUACCCCACUUAUCACUGUUGCUGAGGUAAGAAUUAGACAAAGAACAAACAAAACUCUUCAGGGAAAUUAUGAUCUCACAAAAUCACCGUUCUUAAUUAAAAUAUCUGGGAAAGAUGAGAAUGGGAACAACUUCCAAAGGAUCAAAUCCUACUUCCCGGAGAAGCUGAGUAAGUUCAAACACAAAAGAAUACCAUAAAUUGUCUUAAGAUUGCCAAAACAGCAAAGGCCAAACAGACCAUGGAUCCUGUAUCUGCGACGAUAACCACUACGGAGAUGAAUGUCAAUACCCAAGAUGCCAACACGGAGGAAUCCCCGAUCUAACAGUCUGCAGCUGCCCAUCAGGAUAUUACGGAAGAUAUUGCGAAAAAAUAAUCAGUUAA